AAAACAAGGGGGAGACUGUACUUCCUGGAGCUCCGGGACCGACAGAGCAGACUGACGAGCCGACAGCAGAAUUUUAAUUUGAAAGAAUCAGCGCGGAGGAAGUAUGGAGGAUGAUGAACUUCCGUCAGCGGAUGGGAUGGGUGGGCGUGGCUCUCUACCUGCUGCUCAGCGUCAUGGCGGUGUACUAUGUAUUUGAGGUUCACAGUUUCAGUCUGGAGCACGUGCAGAGAGGCGUGGUCGACCCGUCGGCUCCACCCCUCGCCGUCAGCUGGUCUCAGAGCGUCAGCGCUCGUCUGCCGCCACUUCCUUUCUGGAUAUGGGCGUCAGUCUUCCUGCUGCCGUACCUGCAGCUCUUCCUCUUCCUGUUCUCCUGUACAAGAGCCGACCCUCGAGCAGUUGGAUACUGCGUCCUUCCUGUCUGCCUCGCCUUGCUCUGCAGCCGCCACACCACCCGCAAACCGGCCAGUCAGAGGGGUCAGCCACUCAUCGACACGUAGAGGAGGCGACCAAUCAGAGAGGCCCGUCCCUCUGACUACAAACUGAACUGUUUGUGUUGUUUGUGAUGUCACUUCCUGUGUGCCUUUAAACAGAUUAACAAACUGUUCUGUGACAUUUGAACCCUUCGCUCUGUCUGCCAGGAGCUAACGCGAGGACUGCCCUCAAUAUUGUCUUUCAGAACGAAUACUAUGCCCUGAGUGUCGCCUGUCAGGCAGCUGUCAGUUUAUUAUUGUAACUCCACAGAUGCUGUGCUGUGAUUGGCUGGAGGAUGUUUAGUUUAUAUCUGUGGUCACUUUAGCCCAUAGUUACCUGAAUCAUCAGUGCUGUUGCUAUGGUUACAUGCAGUUAAGAAUUUAGACUGGAACUUUAACUACUGACCUGACAGCUGCCAGCCAAUCACAAGAUGAGUCACAUGACACGCUGGUAACCGUCAUAACUUUAUUACAAUAUCAAUGAAAUGAAAAAAACAUACUGCAGAGUUUUUAUAAAGAUUUGUAAUUUGUUUUACUAAGAAAAAAAAAACCUGUAUUUAUCAUCAGUGACUUCAGGAACAGACGCAGGAGGCAGAAAUACAGAGUGACACACAGUGAGCGGCCGCUGGGCUCAGGGGGCGGACUGAGAAUUAAACUGACAGAAAAAUGAAUGGAGUCUGGCACAGAGAGGCUGCAGAGCUCAGCUGCAGCGAACUGAGGUCAAAUCAGUUUUGAUGUUCAUGUUUAAGUUAUAAAAAAACUACAAACCAACAGGUGUAAAACUGACAGAGGAGGAGGAGUGUGGCACAGAGAGGAUGAAGAUGAAGCCAGGUCAGUGUUCAGUGUUACAGCAGGGUCACAGAUACAGAGUGUUUGGUGGAGCCACAGUGACUCUCAUACUGGUCUAAUGUCGUGUUCAUGGUGCAGAGAUAAAUGAACACAGAGGACUUUAAUCUGGAGUCUGGCACACACGCUGACGUACUGGGUGAUUAUUGAUUUUAUUUUAUUUUCAGUAUUGACAAAAUAUCAAUCAUGUAAUCGUCACUAUUGAUUGAUUUUCCUUACCGUCUGGAGGAUGUAUAGAUUAUUGAUCAUAGUGAUUACUGGUUGAUUUGUUUUCUUUUGGUAUAGAUUAUGUAUGGAUGAUGUAUUGAUCCCAUUAAUUAUUGAUUGAUGGAGCAUAAACGAUCUGUCAGCAGUGUGACAUGAGAACAAUCCACUCAACAGUCUGAGACACACGGGAGACUAAAAUAAUGAAACAUCUGAACAUGAACGUUAAGAAUGUUUAAUUAAAGGAAUAUCUCUGAUCA